GGCGCGAGACCCAAGAAGCCCCGCAGCCUGGGAUUUGUAUUGUAGAUACUGCGACGCUUUGCAGUUGCAACUUGCAAGCGCCUUCCUUCCUGCUUUUGCAAGCAGUGGCAAUGGCGGCGGUAGGGAAAGCGGUGCCUCCUCCUUACUCCCAUCCUGGGGUCAGUUUCUUGGGGGCCCGGCUGCCCCCAGAAGUGGAAGCCAUGGCCAAAAGCCUGCGGGAAUUGGGCAAAGAGACCUUCAGGAAACUGCUCAAAGUCACUGUCAGUGCCCUGGAAGGAAAAGACUGCAAAGAGUCUGUGAGAAUGAUUGCUGAGAGUGCAAAUCUGUCAGACGAGCAAAUUGCCAUCCUCAUUUCUGGCAUGUAUACGCUGCUCCGAGAGGCUUUGAGGCUCCCCACAUCAUCUCUAAAACAAGAUGUUUUUAAAGAAGAUUUAAAGGAGCUCAGGAUUCCAGAAGACUUCAUUGUUGACUUUGCCACUGUAGCCUUCGGGAACAGGCGACCUACUCUUGAAGCUGCCAUUCAGAAGCAGUCCAGUCAGCUGCCUAAAAUCGAAGACUUCAGGUGGAGGGUGGACGUGGCCAUUUCCACCAGCUCAUUGGCUCGUGCCUUGCAACCAUCCAUUUUAAUGCAACUGAAGCUCUCCGACGGGUCAGCCCAUCGCUUUGAAGUGCCUGUUGCAAAAUUUCAAGAAUUUAGGUACAACGUUGCUCUGAUCCUGAAAGAGAUGAACGACUUGGAGAAGAGGAGCUUUCUACAGAUUCAGGACUGAAUGUUUCUUGAUAAAAGAUCACCACCUAACCAAAAAGCCAAACAAAGCACAGAACUCCUGUUUUGAAAUGCCAUGUCUUACAAUAUAUUUUCUAACACUGCCUGUAAAUAUUUCUCAACUCGUGAGUCAAGAGCUCCUGCUGUUGGGUUUUUUUCUUUAUUACUUUUAAUUCUACCUAAAAAUGAUGAUGAGCAUUA